AUGCAAGGCUCCCCUCAGCCCCCGAGGACAGGCUCCUCUUGGCGCCCUCAGAGCCAGCCUCCUCUCUCGGCCCCUCUCAGGCCUAGCCUCUGCCCUGCUCAAACAAGUGUUACAAAGCUCUUUAGCUCUCUCGAUUCUUCUGGGAAGCCUAAAUUCACCAAGUGCCGUUCACCCGAACUGGAGACAUUUUCAUGCCACUGGACCAAUGGGGUUCAUCAGGAUUUAAGGAGCCCAGGAGCCGUACAGCUAUUCUAUAUUAGAAGGAGCACUCAAGAAUGGACUCAAGAAUGGAAAGAAUGUCCUGAUUAUGUCUCUGCUGGAGAAAACAGCUGUUACUUUAAUUCAUCUUAUACCUCCAUUUGGAUACCCUACUGUAUCAAACUAACUGACAAUGGUGGUACGGUGGAUCAAAAGUGUUUCUCUGUUGAGGAAAUAGUGCAACCAGACCCUCCCAUUAGCCUCAACUGGACUUUGCUGAACAUCAGUUUAACUGGGAUUCAUGCAGAUAUCCAAGUGAAAUGGGAACCACCACCCAAUGCAGAUGUUCACAAGGGAUGGAUAGUCCUGGAGUACGAACUUCAAUACAAAGAUGUAAAUGAGACCCAAUGGAAAACGAUGGACCCUGUAUUGUCAACAUCAGUUCCGGUGUACUCGUUGAGACUGGAUAAAGAAUAUGAAGUGCGUGUGAGAUCCAGGCAAAGAAACUUUGAAAAAUAUGGCGAGUUCAGUGAGGUGCUCUAUGUAACACUUCCUCAAAUGAGCCCAUUUGCAUGUGAAGAAGAUUUCCGUUUUCCAUGGUUGUUAAUUAUUAUCUUUGGAAUAUUUGGGCUAACUGUGAUGCUAUUUGUGUUCAUAUUUUCUAAACAGCAAAGGAUUAAGAUGCUGAUUCUGCCCCCAGUUCCAGUUCCAAAGAUUAAAGGAAUUGAUCCAGAUCUUCUCAAGGAAGGAAAACUAGAAGAAGUGAACACAAUCUUAGCCAUUCAUGACAACUAUAAACCUGAAUUCUACAAUGAUGACUCUUGGGUUGAGUUUAUUGAGCUAGACAUUGAUGACCCUGAUGAAAAGGCUGAAGGAUCAGACACAGACAGACUUCUAAGCAAUGACCCUCAAAAAUCUCUUAAUAUCCUUGGGGCAAAAGAUGACGAUUCUGGACGUACCAGCUGUUAUGAACCUGACAUUCUGGAGACUGAUUUCAAUGUCAUUGACAUGUGUGAUGGUACCUCAGAGGCGGCUCAGCCGCAAAGGUUAAAAGGGGAAGCAGAUCUCUUGUGCCUUGACCAGAAGAAUCAAAAUAGCUCACAGUCUACUGAGGCUGCCCCUGCUACUCAGCAGCCCACUGUCACCCUAGCAGAGGAAAGCAAACCAGGACCACUUCUUACUGGUGGAACUGAAUCAGCUCAUCAAGCUGCCCAUACUCAGCUAAGCAAUCCGAGUUCACUGGCAAACAUCGACUUUUAUGCCCAGGUAAGCGACAUUACACCAGCAGGGAGUGUGGUCCUUUCGCCAGGCCAAAAACUUAAAGCAGGGAUAUCCCAGUGUGACAUGCAUCCAGAAGUGGUCUUACCACGCCAAGCCAACUUCAUCAUGGACAACGCCUACUUCUGUGAGGCAGAUGCCAAAAAGUGCAUCGCCGUGGCCCCUCACAUCCAGGUCGAAUCACAUGUGGAGCCAAGCUUUAACCAGGAAGACAGUUACAUCACCACAGAAAGCCUUACCACUACUGCUGUGAGAUCAGAGGCAGCAGAACGAGCACCCAGCUCCGAGAUGCCUGUCCCAGACUAUACCUCCAUCCAUAUAAUACAGUCUCCACAGGGCCUCGUCCUCAACGCGACUGCCUUGCCCUUGCCUGACAAAGAGUUUCUCACAUCAUGUGGCUACGUGAGCACAGACCAACUGAACAAAAUCAUGCCGUAGCCUUUCUUUGAUUUCCCAGGAGCUUCAUACUUAAUGGCAAAGAGUUGGCAGGGGCAUGAAUAAAUAAACCAAAACAACGUUUAAAGCUUUUUUGAGGGGCAGGGUGAUGUGGAUUCUAAAUGCCUUUUCCUGAAAUGUUGAAACAUGAUAUUAAAAAAGAAGGACACUUAAUCAGAUAGAU